AUGAAAAGUUAUACGGUCGAGAGGCGUGCCAAAGAUGUGAAAGAACUAAUAGAAGAUACGUAUACCCAUCAUUUAGGACAAGCCAAUGCUGAGGAAAUCACUUUCUGGAAUGAGCUUAUAGACCAUUGUUUAACACCAGAUUCUGGCGCUUUCAGUAUAGAAUCUGAAUUAAAAGAUAACCUGAACAAUUUACGGUUGUAUUGGUUGAUGAUUAUGGCUAUAUCGAAUACAUUAUGGUUAAUAACGAUCACAACCCUAGCAUCACAGGCAGAAUUAACCGUCUUUGGAGCCAAUCCACUUAGUUUGGUAAUCCUUGUAAUAUUCAGCGUAAUCUUUGUCAUACAAUUCCUGUGUGUAUUCGUACACCGUUUUCAAACAUUCACUCAUUUCUUGGCUAGAGCCCCGUAUCGUUGUAACAAGGAUUAUAAAUCCAGUGUAUGGUAUAAAGGAAUAGAUUUACAAGAUCCUGAAGACGUUGCUGCGAUCAGCAGUGUUCGGGAUGCUUCAAGACGAGCGCAGAUCUCUCAGCAACAAAGACUCUUACAAAAGAAAUUCAAUAAAGGAUUAAACGACGAAAGACAGAGAUUAUUGUCUUGAUGAUAUUGAUUGAAGGAAGGUGUGUUUCAGCUUUAUAAAAGCAGGAAUUGUAACUAAAGCUUCCCCCUGUUUAACAAUAUAUCAUAUUUUGUAUAUAUAUAUAUGUCUAUUGGCCGAGAACUCCUUAAUCUACGAACUUCAAGUUUAUAUAUUUUUUUCAACAAUAGUCUGAUUUUCAAGAUAUUUUGUCAUUAGCUAUACCUCAAACCUUUCAAUAUAAAGGUAUAUUAAACUGUAUCAUGGACAUUUGCGAUCCAAAGUAAAAAAAGCUUGGUAAAACAGGCAAGGCGAGCUUUAUUAUAAGGCAGUUGUUAAUUCAAGUACGAAUAGGCAAAGUGGGGGCUAGAUAGAUUUAUAAAAACGUAAUAGAAAAGAAAAACAAUUCCAAUGUUUCUUCGCUGUUUCAAAGUGACAUGUCAUUUGCCAUCAUUACGUUAUGGCCGUGUAUCAGCAAUGAUUGUAUCUUUAUUAAAAUCAGAAUAUUAAACAAAAACAAAGCUC